UCUCCACUCUUCGUAUGGCGAAACAGAACUACGCAACUAGCAGCCUUGUGAUAGGCUAUGCCUUGUGCUCAAGCUUACUUGCAAUCAUUAACAAGUAUGCAGUCACAAAGUUUGGUUAUCCUGCUCUGCUGACUGCAUUGCAGUACCUGACAUCUGCUGGUGGUGUUUGGAUCCUUGGAAAGCUAGGCUUUCUCUGCCAUGACCCCUUCAACCUGGAGAAUGCCAAGAAAUUCGCGCCAGCCGCGGUCGUCUUCUACCUUGCCAUUUUCACUAACACAAACCUCCUCUACCAUGCCAAUGUGGACACUUUUAUAGUGUUCAGAUCCUUGACUCCGCUUCUGGUUGCGAUUGCCGACACCGCCUUCCGGAAGCAACCGUGUCCUUCCAAGCUCACAUUCUUUUCCCUUGUGGUCAUAUUGGGAGGAGCAGUCGGCUAUGUGAUGACAGAUUCAGCAUUCAGCCUCACGGCCUACUCAUGGGCGCUUGCCUAUCUGGUGGUCAUAACAACUGAGAUGGUGUACAUCAAGCACAUUGUCACAAACCUGGGGCUUAACACUUGGGGCUUUGUGCUCUACAACAACCUUCUCUCGCUGAUGAUGGCGCCGAUCUUUUGGUUUCUGACGGGGGAGUACAAGUCGGUUUUCGGGACAACAGGAUCAAGGGAAGAAGGCUGGUUUCAGGUUGAUGCCUCUGUGGCAGUGGCCUUGUCAUGUGUGUUUGGAUUGCUCAUCAGUUUCUUCGGUUUCGCAGCGAGGAAGGCGAUCUCGGCAACAGCAUUUACAGUCACCGGGGUUGUCAACAAGUUCCUCACCGUGGCCAUCAAUGUUGUGAUCUGGGACAAGCAUUCCAGUCCAUUUGGUUUGAUUUGCUUGCUCUUCACCAUUGCUGGUGGAGUUCUCUACCAGCAAUCAGUCACAAAGAAGGGAAACAAUGUGGUGCAGCGUGAACCGGCAGCAUCAUCUGAGCAAACUGAAGAUGAUAAAGAGAGCACUGAGCUUGAUGAGGAGAAACAAAGCUUGGUUCCAUCUCCUAAAGGAUCAGAUGUAUGAAUUACGUGCUUAGAUUUACAUUAACUUCAUCCUAUAAUCUUGAAAUAGGCUUCUUUUUUUUUCUUUUGUAUUGUGAAUCCUCGCAACAAAUCACACGUACGCGAUACCAUCUGGUAGCAGUAUUGUUCUAGAAUGAACUCCUGCUUGUGUUACUCAAUUUCUUCAGGAAUACAGAUAGGUUUUGCUGCUGUUUUUUUUUUCUUAUGGAAUGGCAGUCAUGCCAAUUGUAAACUUGUAAUGCACUGCUAAUAUGGAAAUCGCCUAUUAUAGCUGACAAAACUGAUUGUUGAACAUGGGUUUCUCAUAUUGUC